AUGUCGCACGCCGCCGCACCUCUCUCCAUCAACACCAAUUGCGGCAGUAAGAAGCGCAAGGCGUUCGAAGAGGCUUCUUCGAUGGAUGACUACUCGAUUCGACCGAAGCUGAGUCUGCCGCGCAGUGCAGGGUUGGUGUUUAAUGGCGAGGCGCAAUUUCACCCUUUGCCGGCGGAUGUCAAUGCGGCGAUGUUGGCGCAGAUGGGUCAGAGUCCGUUCGCAUCCGCUGGGUCGAGCGCCGCUUCGUCGAGCAGCGGCUUUGGGCACGCACACAAGUCUUCCGCUGGCUCAGACUACUUUCCUACCCACUACCCGGAUGUUGAACCGUACCCAGCAGCGGCGACGGGCAUCCUCGGCCCAUCCACCAGCACAGGCGAUAUGGACAUCGACACAGGGAGCACAGGGAGUAGUCCCUCUUCAAAUCGCCACGGUCCUCACUGCAAAAGCAUCCCCCAGCUCUGCGUUCGAUACAACGACGGGGCAGGCUCCGAACUCUGGGCUACCUGCCCCGACUGCGGCACCUGCUCCAAGGUCGAAUCCAACCAACCUAGCCGAUUGUGCUAUUCUCCGUGA